CGCGGAGCCGAGCGGGGAGCGGGCGUCCAUGCCCCGGCGGCGCGGAGCCUAGCGCCGAGCGCAGCCCGCGCCCGCGGCCGCCCGCACCUCGCAGCGCUCGCGCCCCGGCUUCGCGGCGCGCUCCAGACAAGAUGGCGCGGCCGGGUCCGGGAGUGCUCGGGGCCCCGCGCCUUGCGCCUCGCCUUCUGCUCUGGCUGCUGCCGCUGCUCCUGCAAUGGCCGGAGUCGGCGGGAGCCCAGGCCGGCCCGCGGGCGCCCUGCGCGGUCGCCUGCACUUGCGCCGGGGACUCGCUGGACUGCAGUGGGCGCGGGCUGGCGACGCUGCCCCGGGACUUGCCCUCCUGGACGCGGAGCCUAAACCUGAGUUAUAACAAACUCUCGGAGAUCGACUCUGCUGCUUUUGAGGACUUGACUAAUCUGCAGGAAGUGUACCUCAAUAACAAUGAGCUGACAGCCAUACCAUCCCUGGGCGCUGCCUCCACGCACAUUGUCUCUCUCUUUCUGCAGCACAACAAGAUCCUCAGUGUGGACGGAAGCCAGCUCAAGUCCUACCUGUCCUUGGAAGUGCUGGAUCUGAGUUCGAACAACAUCACGGAAAUCCGGAGCUCCUGUUUCCCAAGUGGCCUGCGUGUUAGGGAGCUCAACUUGGCGAGUAACCGCAUCAGCAGCCUGGAGUCUGGAGCAUUUGAUGGUCUGUCACGGUCACUGCUGACUCUUCGUCUGAGCAAAAACAGGAUCACCCAGCUUCCUGUGAAAGCAUUCAAGCUACCCAGGCUGACACAACUAGACCUGAAUCGGAAUCGGAUUCGGCUGAUUGAGGGCCUCACGUUCCAGGGGCUUGAUAGCUUAGAGGUGCUGAAGCUUCAACGGAACAACAUCAGCAAGCUGACAGAUGGCGCCUUCUGGGGGCUGUCUAAGAUGCACGUGCUGCACCUGGAGUACAACAGCCUGGUGGAGGUGAACAGUGGCUCCCUCUACGGCCUCACAGCCCUGCACCAGCUGCACCUCAGCAACAACUCCAUCUCUCGAAUCCAGCGCGAUGGCUGGAGCUUUUGCCAGAAGCUGCACGAGUUGAUUCUGUCCUUCAACAACCUCACACGGCUGGAUGAGGAGAGCCUGGCUGAGUUGAGUGGCCUCAGUGUCCUGCGCCUCAGCCACAAUGCCAUCAGCCACAUUGCUGAAGGCGCAUUCAAGGGACUCAAGAAUCUGCGAGUCUUGGACCUGGACCAUAAUGAGAUCUCGGGUACAAUUGAAGAUACCAGUGGUGCCUUUAUGGGGCUCGACAACCUCAGCAAACUAACUCUGUUUGGAAACAAGAUCAAAUCUGUGGCUAAGAGAGCAUUCUCAGGGCUGGAAGGCCUGGAACACCUGAACCUUGGAGAUAAUGCAAUCAGGUCUGUCCAGUUUGAUGCCUUUGCAAAGAUGAAGAACCUUAAAGAGCUCUACAUCAGCAGCGAGAGCUUCCUGUGUGACUGCCAGCUCAAAUGGCUGCCCCCAUGGCUAGUGAGCAGGAUGCUACAGGCCUUUGUGACAGCCGCCUGUGCCCAUCCAGAAUCACUGAAGGGCCAGAGCAUUUUCUCAGUGCUGCCGGAGAGUUUUGUGUGUGAUGACUUUCCAAAGCCACAGAUCAUCACCCAGCCCAAGACAACCAUGGCUGUGGUGGGCAAGGACAUCCGUUUCACAUGCUCCGCUGCCAGCAGCAGCAGCUCCCCAAUGACCUUUGCCUGGAAGAAGGACAAUGAGGUCCUGGCCAAUGCAGACAUGGAGAACUUUGCACAUGUCCGUGCACAGGAUGGCGAGGUGAUGGAGUACACCACUAUCCUGCACCUCCGGCACGUCACAUUUGGCCACGAGGGCCGCUACCAGUGUGUCAUCACAAACCACUUUGGCUCCACGUACUCUGACAAGGCCAGGCUCACUGUCAAUGUGUUGCCCUCAUUCACCAAAAUACCCUAUGACAUUGCCAUCCGGACUGGCACCACAGCCCGUCUCGAGUGUGCUGCCACGGGCCACCCGAACCCCCAGAUUGCCUGGCAGAAGGAUGGAGGCACUGAUUUCCCUGCGGCUCGUGAGCGACGUAUGCACGUCAUGCCAGAUGAUGAUGUGUUCUUCAUCACGGACGUAAAGACGGACGACAUGGGCGUCUACAGCUGUACUGCCCAGAACUCAGCUGGCUCUAUUUCAGCGAAUGCCACCCUGACUGUCCUAGAAACCCCGUCCUUGGCAGUGCCUUUGGAAGACCGAGUGGUAACUGUAGGGGAAACGGUGGCCCUUCAAUGCAAAGCAAAUGGCAGUCCCACCCCGCGCAUCACCUGGCUUAAGGGCGGUCGCCCACUGAGCCUCACUGAGCGACACCACUUCACUCCAGGCAACCAGCUGCUGGUUGUUCAGAAUGUGGUGGUGGAGGACGCGGGCCAGUACACCUGCGAGAUGUCUAAUCCCCUGGGCACCGAGCGAGCACACAGCCAGCUGAGCAUUCUGCCCACCCCUGGCUGCCGGAAGGAUGGGACCACCGUCGGCAUCUUCACCAUUGCUGUGGUGUGCAGCAUCGUCCUUACCUCGCUGGUGUGGGUGUGCAUCAUCUACCAGACCAGGAAGAAGAGUGAGGAGUACAGUGUCACCAACACAGAUGAAACCAUCGUGCCUCCAGAUGUUCCAAGCUACCUCUCCUCUCAGGGAACCCUUUCUGACCGACAGGAAACUGUGGUCAGGACUGAAGGUGGUCAUCAGGCCAAUGGGCACGUUGAAAGCAAUGGUGUGUGUCUGAGAGACUCGAGCCUCUUCCCAGAGGUAGAUGUUCACAGCGUUACAUGCAGGCAGCCCAAGCCAUGUGUUGGAUACGCUGGAGAGCCCUGGAGAGUGACAGAGAAGGCCGACAGGACAACUGUUCCACAUACAACAGCACACAGUGGCUCUGCUGUAUGCAGUGAUUACAAUUCUGACACGGACUGUCAGUCCAAGGAACAAGCCUUCCACCCUCAGCCUGUGUCAAGAGACAGUGGGCAACCAGGUACAGCAAGCAGCCAAGAGCUGAGGCAUGACGGAGAAUAUUCUCCACACCAUCCUUACAGCGGGACUGCUGAUGGGUCUCAUGCCCACUCUGGGGGUUCCCUUUAUCCGAGUAACCAUGACAGAAUACUGCCAUCUGUGAAGAACAAGGCGGCGUCCACAGAUGGCAAAGGAGCUUCCUCUUGGACUUUUGCAAAGUUACAUGAACCAGACUCCAUAGGCCUAAAGCCUUCUCUUACGUUGACUUCAGGCAGCCCAGAGCUCAUGGAAGAUGCCAUGUCUACUGAAGCCCAGCACUUACUUGUUUCCAAUGGCCACCUCCCCAAGACCUGUGACUCUAGCCCUGACUCUGUGCCACUGAAAGGACAGCUCACUGGCAAACGGAGGGGACCAUUGCUAUUGGCACCGAAAAGCUAGGCUUCAUCUACCUCAGCUCUUUUAAAGCAGUCGCUACGGGGAAGAGGUAGGAGAGGCUGUGGGAAGUGGUGUCCAGACAUCACCUGGACAGUUUUCACCUCUAUGUGGAGCCUCAGUCGGCUAAAGGACUUGGCAUCUGGAGCACAGAGAUGCAAGAGACUGUGUACAAAAGGCAGAAAAAGUAUUUGAUACCACUGUACAUAAGAGUUUUCAGAGAUUUCAUAUAUAUUAUAUAUCUUUUACAGAGACUAUUUUAAUGCUUAUCGCAUGGGUCCCGCUUUGGGUGAUAUUUUCACAUUAGGUUGCUGUCUAACUUUGGAGAGGGUCAGGAAUAGUUCUGGUGCCUUAAUGCACAGCUGGAAUUCAGGUAAUAGCACAUUGGCUGUUGCUGGUGGUUGCGGAGGAGGGCAUUUUGGCUGUGUGCUCACUUAGUAGGCAGAUUCAAGUGCACUGGCCACACCUAUGCAGUCGUGGUGCUGGCCGCCUCACAGUAGAGCAGGGGUGCACAUGUCACUUGCCUUUCUUCUAGGUUCAGGGUCUAUCUUUGAGGAAGAGUGAGGGCUGUUGAUCCACAGAAAGCAAUGGCUCAGAACAAUUCCAUCUUUCUUUGUAACUCACUUGGUAAAAGCAAAUGUCUGUCUUCUUCAAUGAUUGGUUGACGCUUAUUGAGGCUGCCAGUGUUGGUACCUGUGGAUUUUCCAGUAGUGAGGUUUAGUUCUGCCAGCACAGCAUUGCAGUGGAGGAGAAGAGGUUUGCUUCCAGAGCCAGCUCAUUUCUGCUGAGCAGGCCUGUCCACACCGUUCCCUUGCACAGUGAGACUAGGCUUGGCCCGCGCGAGAUUAGAGUCCUAGACCUUGGUGUGUUUGCACUUUGGGGCCCUGUUGCUAACCAUCUUGUGAGUGCCAAUGUGUAAUUCAGAAAAACCUACAUGGAAACAAACUCGGUCCUUAAAACCCCUGAAAGCGGAAGGGAAGUGCCGACACAGUGAUGGCCUGUUUCACAGUGUGCCGUCACAGGCAUCACUGUGUCCCAGGGUAAGCACAUUGAGAUGCGUAUUCUCCACAGUUGGCUGAUUAAUGUUACUUCCACAAAAUAUGUGAAUUUGCUGCUUCUGAGAGGCAAUGUGAAAGAGGAAGUAUUACUUUUUAUGUACAGAGUUAUUUAUUUAUAGAAAUUUUGGUACAGUGUACAUUGAAAACAUGUAAGAUAUUGAAGUGUCUAACAAAUGGCAUUAAGUGUCUUUAAUAAAGGUUCAUUUAUAAAUACUAA